AUGACAUCACUCAAGAAGAAGAGUAGGAGGAAGCCUUCUUCCCAGGCCCUGGGGAAUAUUGUUGGCUGCAGAAUUUCUCACGGGUGGAAGGAAGGUAAUGAGCCUGUCACCCAUUGGAAGGCCAUCAUUCUAGGUCAACUGCCAACAAACCCUUCUCUUUAUUUGGUGAAGUAUGACGGAAUUGACACUGUCUACGGACAGGAGCUCCACAGCGAUGAGAGGAUUUUAAAUCUUAAGGUCUUGCCUCACAAAGUAGUUUUUCUUCAGGUGAGGGAUGUCCACCUCGCCAGCGCCCUGGUUUGCAGAGAGGUACAACACAAAUUUGAGGGGAAAGAUGGCUCUGAGGACAACUGGAGUGGGAUGGUGCUAGCCCAGGUGCCAUUCUUACAGGACUAUUUUUACAUUUCCUACAAGAAGGAUCCGGUCCUCUACGUCUAUCAGCUCCUGGAUGACUACAAGGAAGGUAACCUCCACAUCAUUCCAGAGACCCCUCUGGCUGAGGCGAGAUCAGGUGAUGACAAUGACUUCUUAAUAGGUUCCUGGGUGCAGUACACCAGAGAUGAUGGAUCCAAAAAGUUCGGAAAGGUUGUUUACAAAGUUCUAGCCAAUUCUACUGUGUACUUUAUCAAAUUUCUCGGUGACCUACAUAUCUAUGUCUAUACUCUGGUGUCAAAUAUCACUUAA